UGUUAUCAGGGAGCCCCAAAGGAUUCGGCAUCAGAGGCCGUCCAGGCAAAGCGAGCAAAAAGAAAGAUGGAACGGGAGCGCAAGAAGAGGAAGAGGAAAGAGUUCCGCUUGAAGAAAGCGGCCGAAGAAAGUGCCCAAGAGGCGCAGCCGGAGAUUAAAAAGGAAGAAGUGCGUGCCCCGGUCGUGAGCAAAAGAAACGAAACCGCCAUCGUCUUCAACAAGGUGGAGACGGUGGAAGAGGGAUAUUUAGACAAAAUGCAGAGAAAGAAGAACAAGAAGCUGAGCAUGAAGGGCCAGCUGACACCACUGACGGGGAAGAACUACAAGCAGCUGCUCACUCGCGUUGAGGCUCGCAAAGCAAAGCUAGAAGAGCUGAGGGAGAAGGACGAGGGGAAGGCCCGCGAGAUGGAGGAGAAGAUGAAGUGGACCAACGUGCUCUACAAGGCGGAGGGCCUCCACAUCAAAGACGACGAGAACAUGCUGCGCUCCUCGCUGAAGAAGAAGGAGAAGAGGCGCGAUCAGAGGAAGAAGCAGUGGAGCGAGCGGAGCGAGAACGUCAUAGAGAAGAUGCAGCAUCGCCAGGACAAGAGACGCAAGAACCUCCAGAGAAGCCAGCAUGCCAAGGCCGAGAAGAAGAAGGACAGGGCGAGGAAGAGAGGCAGAGUGCUGCCCGAGGACUUGAAAAAAGCGACACUGUAGAGGAGGACUGUGUGUCAUGUUGCCUUUUACGACACAAAAACAUAGGCAAUGUUUAAAGUAAAUCUCCUUUUAUGGCAGUAUGAUUUAUUUACAUGAUAUGAAAGCGCAGCUGCACGAAUUGUACCUUUAUACCCUGUCGAGGAGUAAUAUGUGUGUA